AUGGUCUCUACAGUGGGCUGGUCGCGCUCCGCCAUCAACCGCGCCUGGGCGCAGCGGACACUGCGCAUCCUCGUCUCUCCCAGACCCAUCACUUUCGCCGAGAGACGGUCGGUUCUACAAGUCCUCCAGGACAAAUGUGGCAUCGACGUAUUUAAGAUGGUACCUGGCUACCCAGGCCAGUUCCUCGCCGUGACCAGAGACGAAGAUUCGGCGAAGAAUCUCGUCUCCUUGAGUCCACUCAGCUAUUCAAUCGAGGCCCCACGCAGGAGCAGUACGCACGACAUUCAGUUCAUGGACUUAUCGAGACCGGAGCUCCUAGACGGCACCAGGCCGUCUAUCUUACCGGCCGACGAGACGUUGACGACAGGCCGUGAGAGCAGCGACGACGAUCAAGUUGGAGAAAGGCAGUGGAGCCAGCAGCAGGAACGGCAACACUUUAGCCUGCGCAUCGUCAAGGUACAAGAUUACAACCACGCGGGGACAAUGGACUCGUCGCCGCUGCACGGGUCGUGGCCGGCGAGGUACACUGCCGACGAUAGCUUCACGUCGUCGGUGCUCAAGCAGACGCUCCCGCACAACGCGGCGGCUGCAGGUCUCGCACGCUGGGACUACAACCUCACGCUCGGUCACCAAGCUAAGCUGUCGCCCAAGAAUGAGCGUCUCCAGGUGUCGAGGUGGCUACCUGGCAACAUGGGGAAGAGGAGUCAGGGAGAGGGGCAGAAUGGAAAGACCGCUGCAGAUACAGAAGAGGGAACCGGUGUGGUGGCGCCCGAGUGA